AUGCCUCCGCCGCGAUUCCUCUUCCUCACCCUUCUCGUCUCCGCCGCCUUCCUCCACGUCUCUUCAGCCGCCGAUGAUAAUGACGUAGACAAUCUUGUUUUUGAGAACCAGAGUCUCCGGCGAGCAUACAUUGCUCUCCAAGCAUGGAAAACAGCCAUCUUUUCCGACCCAUUUAAUUUCACCGCUAACUGGACUGGAGCGGACGUUUGCAGCUACGGCGGUGUGUUCUGUGCUCCCUCUUUGUUCAACAGCUCCGAUCGUGUGGUUGCUGGAAUUGAUCUCAAUCAUGCUGAUAUCGCUGGUUACCUUCCACCGGAACUCGGUCAUCUUACUGACCUUGCUGUCUUUCACAUUAACUCCAAUCGGUUUUGCGGCACUGUUCCAGCCACUUUCAAGAAGCUCAAGCUCCUCCACGAGCUUGAUAUAAGCAACAACCGUUUCGUCGGGGUUUUUCCGACGGUUGUUUUAUCUAUGCCGGUGUUGAAGUUCUUGGACCUCCGGUUCAACGAAUUUGAAGGGUCUGUUCCGGUUAAGCUAUUCGAUAAGGAUCUUGAUGCGGUUUUUUUGAAUGACAACCGGUUUAAGUUCGGUAUUCCGCCAAAUUUGGGUAACUCGCCGGUAUCGGUGCUUGUUUUGGCGAACAACGAUCUGGGUGGAUGUCUUCCGGCGAGCGUUGGACAAAUGGGGUCAACGUUGAAUGAGAUCAUUCUCAUGAACGAUAAUCUGACGAGCUGUUUGCCGGUGCAAAUCGGGGCGCUAAAAAAGGUGACGGUUUUUGACGUCAGCUUUAAUAGUCUUCAAGGGCCGUUGCCGGCGGCGAUUGCCGGAAUGAGGAGUGUGGAGCAGCUGAACGUGGCUCAUAACAAGUUGACAGGGGUGGUGCCGGAUAGUAUCUGUAAGUUGCCCCGGUUGCAAAACUUUACUUUCUCGUCCAAUUACUUCACUGGGGAAGCGCCGUCGUGUGUGGCCACCGGCGGUAAGGUGUUUGAUGAUGGGAAGAAUUGUAUUAUCGGGAAAGGGAAUCAACGGUCAGCUAGGGAGUGUUCUUCCGGUGAUGCACGUCCUGUGGAUUGUAGUAAGUUGCAAUGUGGUGGCUCUCCGUCGCCAACGAGUUCUCCGGUUUCAACUCCACCGCGGUCUAAGUCGAAAUCCAGGUCUAGGAGGACUGCGCCAGCUCCAAAGCCACCGUCUCCAAAACCGUCUCAGGCGCCGAGGCCAUUUGUGAAGCCUACUCCACCGCCACCGGAAUUUGAGACUUCUCCGAAUAUGAGAUCACACUCUCCACCACCUCCGGUACCAACGGAUAGAAGUUCUUCAAAAUCACGGCUUCCAUCACCACCUCCAGUUUGGCAAGUCUCACCAAAGGAUCAACAUGCUCCACCGCCACCACGUGAAAACAACCUGUCUCCACCACCCUCGCCUCCUAUGUUUGACUCUUCACCUAAAACCCAUGUGCAUUCCCCACCACCUCCACCACAAUCGUCACCGCCACCACCUCCACCACAAUCGUCACCGCCACCACCCCCACAGUCGCCACCACCUCCACCACCAUCUCCGCCUCCACAGUCGCCACCACCGUCUCCCCCACCACCACCUCCACAUUCACCGCCGCCAUCACCUCCACAUUCACCACCACCACCUCCACCACAGUCUCCACCACCACCGCCUCCUCAUUCACCUCCACCACCACCGCCACCACCUUCCCCAUCACCACCACCUCCUUGCUCGCCACCGCCACCGCCACCGCCACCGCAAUAUUCAUCACCACCACCACCUCCUCCACCGCUGCCAUCACCACCACCACCGCCACAAUACUCAUCACCACCCCCACCUCAACAGUCCCCGCCACCGCCACCUCAGAACUCAUCAUCAUCAACUUAUCACCACCACAGCUCACCACCACCAACUCCAACCUAUCAACACCAAACCUCUCCUCCACCAGCGCCUCCAACACAUCAUAGCUACACUCCACCCAACCUUAAAACCCCAUCGCCACCAUCCCAUUCACCUCCUCCACCAGCACCAUUAUCCGACUGUGCUCCACCACCUCCUCCCAAGCCUUGUGAAACCCCCUCUUCAUCUCCACCACCACCUCCACCGCAACAAUGGCACCACCAACCACCACAAACUCAAUCUCCACCAUCACCCACAUACCACCACCAUCCAACAACACCGCCACAAGAAACUCAAUCUCCCCCACCACCCUUUAAACAUGCAUACCCAUCUCCCCCACCACCAUCACUCCCGCCGCCACCACCAUUCGACAACAUGCCUCUUCCACCAGUAUUCGGAGUUUCCUACGCUUCUCCACCACCACCCGUAAUCCCCUACUACUAAUCCCAUCGACUCCAAAUCAAUACAUAUACACAUUAUAUACACACACCCUUCACAUCCGCCAUUUAUCUUCCUCAAAUUAAAAAAAGAACCCUGGAUAAUUAAAUCCACGAUUUUAUUUGAGAAUAUGGAGGCUAAGAUGGAUGAUUGUGUUGGGCGUGAUAUUAUUUUGGGGGCUUUGUUUAAUUUGUUUGUGAAAUUAAUCACAAAAUUCAUUGUGUUUUUCAUACCUUUUCUCAUAUCAUCAUGUAUAAUCCAGAGUUUGGAAAUUAGGAAAAGUUAGCAUACUUUUAUUCAUUUCUAUUUAUAUACAUGUGAACAAAGUUAUAUUAUAAUGUAACCAAUUGAAAAUUUCAUUUUAUUUCAUAUCAAGUUCAUGUUCCAUUCCAUAAUAAACCUCCUCUCAAGGUUACAAUA